AUGGCAAUGUCAGUUUGGACAGUGGGCUCAAGGUUACUUUACAUGCGACUCAAGUAUUUGGGUCACUUGGAAGUAGCUGCUUAGCAAUGAAUCCUCUAAGCAGAUUCCUUAUUCUUGUCAUCUUCGUUUCUUCAAUCAAUGCUUGGAGCCUAAAACGGAAAAAGCCGGGGCCGCAACUGCCAUCGUUCUGCACAAAAACACCAUUUCUCGCAAGUUGCAGACCAAUAACCCCAACUUGGUACUACGAUUUUCACGAAAAACGGUGUAAACCCCUGAAUGCUGGAAUUUGCAGCGGAGGCAACAACAAGUUCGCCACGGAAAGAAAGUGCAAGGAAAUCUGUGAACCACGCUCUAAGCAAAUCCCCCAAAUAUGCCAAAAACCGCCGGUCAUGGUGCAGUGUGGCCAGGUAUAUCACGCUUGGUACUAUGAUCCAAAUAGCACCAGCUGCAAAAUGUUCACCUACAGUGCUUCCGCUUGCAAUGCCAUCGACAACAGGUUCCUGACAGAACUGAAGUGCCAGUCGGUGUGUAUACCGAUAAAGAAACCAAAACCCAUCUGCAGCCAUGAUCCAAUACCAGACCGCUGUUUGCUCCAAAAGAAGCGCUGGCACUUUAAUUUUAGAAACAAUACAUGUGUGCAAUUUGCACAAAAUCGUUGCGGAAAAGGCGAAAACAGCUUCUCUUCAUAUGAAAAAUGCAUGCAUAGAUGUAGCUAUUACCAAUAUACGGCGGCCAACCAAGUCAGUCCUACCCUCCCGCCUGGCUUACCUUCCCAGUCAGGUCACCCCAGUAGACCCGAAUUCAGCUUCCCCGGCCAACCACCUUUAACCGGUGGACCAGUUCCGAGUGGUCAACCCGCUUUUCCUGGACGGCCAGGUCAAGGUGUUCCUCUUGUCUCACCAAGCCCGCCCCCUGAAAAUGGCAAACCCAGUACCCCCCGUUUCAACACAGAGGGCCAACCCUCCUUACCAAGCGUUUCAGGCCUACCCGGCCAACCGACCGGACCCGGCUAUCCCAUUCAACCCGGCCUUCUUAUGAAUAACAGGCCACCAUACAUAGCCGGCCCACAAGCACAGCGUAGUGCACAAAACCAUGCCGGCCGAGUUGGCUAAGCUGGUCGUUUGCCCUGUGUCAUCUAUUUGCGCAUUUGUGUGCGUGAGACAGUGCAUGAGAAAAGAUUCUAGAUAAUAAAAUCUGCUAUUCCUGUGGA